AUAGAGAAUUCCAAUCGGCGGCAGCUCUCACACUCCCUUCUCUCUCCUCAUCACGCUCUCCAGCAGCACAGCUUCCCUUCCAAAACCCAAGCAAAGCCAAAGCCCCGGAACACCACCAGGUGCUAACCGGCCGGGAGCUACACGUACCACAAUACCAUGGCGGCGGCCGCAGCAGCGUUGAGACUGCGCCUCCUGUACCGGAUGCUGCGCGUUGGCGAGCUGCUCGCGCUCGUGGUCUUCCUCUCCUGGUCGUCUUCCCGCGUGCCGUCCGCCGCCGCCGCCGUGCUGCGGCUCGCGGGCUCCCUCCUCCUUAACGCCCGGUUCGUCUUUGUCCUCGGCAACGCCAUCGUGCUCCUCCUCCUCGCGCUGUCCAGACACGACCUCUCCGUCUCCUCCAGCCAACCGACCACGGCCAACGCGACUGCCACCCUGCCACCGCCGCAAGCUGCACCGGCCGCCGCAGAUAGCAGCUUCCCUUCCAUCACCACGCCAAUUGCACCGCCGUCCAACACCAUGGAAGCUGCCUCCUUCACCACGCUAAAUUCACCGCCUCCCGCCAUGGAAGCGCUGGAGGCGGCCCCGGGGUCCGAGCCCGAGCCGGUCCCCCGCGCUGUGGCGGUGUUCGAGGACAAGCAGCCGGUGCGCGUCAACAAGGCGCGCACCCCGAGGCGGAGCAGGUCCGAGAAAAUGGGCCCGCGCUUGGCGAGGCGCGCGGCAUCCCCGGAGCUGCGGCGCUGCGAGUCGGAGAACGGGCGGAGGCGGCGAUCGUCCGUGACGGCGCGCGACGCGGAGGCGUGCUGGGGCCUGGACGACGCGGAGGAGUUCCGGCGCACGGUGGAGGCGUUCAUCGCCAAGCAGACGCGAUUCCACCGCGAGGAGUCCAUGGGCGUGGGCGUGGUGGCCGGCGCCGGACAGUGCGAGGCGGCCCCGGCCAUCACCGGCGCUCUCGCCGUUGUUGAAUAAGUUGAGCUGGUGACAAGACUGCAAAGUACAUAAAGAAGAAGCUCUCGUUGCCGAACUUGUUUCUUUCGUGCUCAUAUUUUUGCCUUGACUCCUGUUCUUCAGAUCUGCUCGAUCGAUCCUUUUUCAGAAAAAAAUUUUGUGGCGCUUUUC